AUGGGUGUUUUGUCGGCUCGUAUUGUAAAACGCGAUAUCAAUUGGAACGGAAACUGGGCUAUGGCUUGUGAUUUCAAUGACAAUGAUCUUUCAAAUGUUCGAAUUGCACCAAACCUUUGUGGUCCAAAAUGUGUUGACACACCAGGUUGUACACAUUUUACUUGGAGUCAAUGGAAUGGUGGGACUUGUUGGAUGAAAAAGGGUCCAAUUUCCAAAAGUAAUGCUUUUUCAACUACUGAUCAAACUAUGGUCUGUGGUGUAGUGACUGAUGGAGGCUCUGGAUCCAGAUCAAAUAAGCGAGGUAUUGCCUGGCCAUUGGAAAAUAAGCAAGAUUCACCGAAUAUUUUUACCGGUGGAAAAAUCUCCUGGGUUUACAAUUGGUCACCUUGGAGAACUGAUAUUGCUGGUGCAGAAUUCGUUCCAAUGUUAUGGAGUACAAAUAGAGGUCAUGAUGGAAAUCAAUUUCUCACUCUAGCAAAAGGUGCAAAGUCUGUUCUUGGUUUCAAUGAACCAGAACGUGGUGAGCAAGCAAAUAUGAGUCCAGUAGACGCUGCCUACGCUUGGAAACAAUAUAUUGAACCUCUAAGAGCUCAAGGUGCUCGACUUGGUUCACCAGCUAUUGCCUCGACUGAUCAAGGACUCAAUUGGAUAAAACAAUUUCUCAAUGAAUUGAAUAAAAUCGGUGGACGAAUUGAUUUCCUUGCUUUACAUUGGUAUGGCCGAGGUGUCGAUAAUUUCAUCAAUUGGAUUACCAGAGUUCGGCAAGAGACUGGUAAUCAAUAUUCUGUUUGGGUUACAGAAUUUGCCUGUACAUCAUGGAAUUCCAAUCAACCCGUAUCUCAACAAGAAGUCAACGACUUUAUGAGACAAAGUAUUGCUCG